AUGGCCGACGAUACCGUCCCGUCUCCCGCCGAUGAGGGUUUCUCGCCGGAUUCCGGCUUCGAAAUCACUGUUGAAGAAGGUUCCAACAACAGCCAAGAACGGCUGGGCCACGAACGCGUUGAUGGCUUGGGGAUACAAACCGAUGAGCUCGACCAAAUAGAAAACAUCGGAAUAGAAAACGGCAAGGACCAAAUACUCGUGGACCUUGAAAAUGAAAACGAGCAUGCGCCUGAUUCCACAACCAGCAUUAGCGCGAAGUCAAGAGAUGCUGAAUAUAAUAACAAUAGCUAUAAUAUUAACCAGUGUGCACAAGAAAAGUCAUAUCCACCGCCUGUGGAGGGAAUGGAGUUCGAAUCCUAUGACGACGCAUACAAUUACUACAACUGCUAUGCAAAAGAGGUUGGGUUUGGCAUUCGGGUCAAAUCCUCGUGGACAAAGCGUAACAGCAAGGAGAAGCGUGGGGCCGUGCUGUGCUGCAAUUGUGAGGGUUUCAAGACGCCAAAGGAAACGAGCAUGAAGAGGAAGGAGACACGGACUGGGUGCCUGGCCAUGUUAAGGCUGAGGCUGCUUGAGUCCAGCAGAUGGAGAUUGGAUGAGGUUAAGUUACAGCACAACCAUUUGUUUGACCACCAGAGGGCACAGAGCUCAAGGUCGCACAAGAAGAUGGAAAUCGGGACCAAAAGGAAACCUGAGCCAGCUGCCCAUCUCGAAGUCUGCACAAUCAAGCUUUACCGAGCCCCACAUGUUGAUUGCGCGAGUCAUGAUGAGAGAGAACCCGAUGGUCACGUGGAUAAAUCGAAACGGUUGAAAUUUAAAAAUAGAGAUUUAAAGGCUCUUCACGGUUUUUUUCGGCGGGCGCAGCUGGCGGACCCGAACUUUUUCUACAUUAUGGAUUUUAGCGACGAGGGGUAUUUGAGGAAUGUGUUCUGGAUGGAUUCCCGGUCGAGGGCCGCGUACAGAUAUUUUGGGGACGUGGUGUUGGUAGACGCGGAGCGUGUUUCGAGUGAGCACGAUGGCAUAAUUCCUGUUUUGUCCUUCAGUGGAUUGAACCACCAUUGCCAGCCUGUACUGCUCGGUUGCGGUUUGCUCGCGGAUGGAAGUAUCGAGACAUAUGUUUGGCUGAUGAGGACGUGGAUCGCAUGCAUGUCCGGGCGUGCUCCACAGACGAUAAUUACUACGGGCCAGUGCACUGCAUUGUGGGGUGCGAUAUCUGAGGUUUUCCCGAGGGCUGUUCACCGUCUCUGCCCAUCCCUUGUCGUGCAAAUUAUUUAUGAAAAAUUAGGGGUAUUGGGCGCGUCGGAAUUAUUUCAAACAGUCCUGAACAGAAACGUGUACGAAUCCAAUAAAGUCGAAGAAUUUGAAAUGGGGUGGGAGGAAAUGGUUCAGCAUUUUGCUCUGGGAGACCACGAAUGGCUUGAGCGCUUGUACAAAGACCGGGAAAGGUGGGUCCCGGUUUACACGAAAAGGAGCACUUUUUUUGCUGGGGCAUUCAUUUUCCAGCCAGGUGAAUUCACGAACAUGUCAUAUUUCCAUGGGUAUUUACGCGAUGGAAUGACUUGGGAAGAUUUUUUCACUUGUUAUGAAUUACUACAACAGAAGACGAUUGUGAAGGAAGCUCUAGCUGAUUCUGAGUCGAGAGAGUUUACGCCCGUUUUAUUGACGACGUGUAGCUACGAAUUCCCGGUUUCUCAACUGUACACCAAAGAGAUAUUCUUGAAAUUCCAAGAAGAGGUUGUACUCAUGUCCCGUUGCUUUAGCGUGACCCAAAUUCAGGCAAACGGACAUGUCCUCACGUACAUAGUCAAAGAACAGAAUACUGAGGUCCACCCCAAUGAGGCAAAGAAUUUCGAAGUUGUGUAUGAUAAAGUUGGGACGGAAGUUCGUUGCAUCUGUGGGUGCUUUAAUAUGAGAGGGUAUUUGUGCCGGCACGCUUUGUGUGUGCUAAAUUACAACGGGAUUGAAGAGAUACCUAAGCAGUAUGUAUUAUCUCGGUGGAGGAAGGAUACUAAGCGCAUUUACUAUCCUGACCUUGGUUCUAACGGUAUAGACAUUAGUAACCCUGUUCACUGGUACCAACAUUUGUACAGGCGGGCCAUGCAGGUUGUUUCGGAGGGGCUGGUUUCGAGAGAUCAUCGAAUGGUGGCUUGCCAAGCAUUUAAGGAUUCGCUCGAUAAGGUUCGUCUUGCAGGUAGUCAGGAUAGGUGA